AUGGGUGGGAGUGGUGGUUAUAUAAGGCUUGUGAGUCAGAGUGAAAAUUCAGGCGCCGGAAUCGGAGCCGCAUGUGCAGGUUCUCCAAAUCAUUUGUGCUCCUCCACACACCGGAAUGGGCUCAUCGCGGUGGUACGACAUCAAACCAUGAAAAGGAAAACCGACUCGGAGAAUGGGUCCGCCAAAAGAAACCAUGUAGACAAGCCCGCCGAGUACACCUCGUCUGAAAUCAAAGAGUUCUUCAACCAAAAAUUGUGGGAUGAAAAAUUCCAGUCGCAGCUCGAAUCGCAAGUGAGUCUGAGUCAACCGUACCGAUGGGGAACUAUCACCGACUUGAUGGACCCCCAGUUAUUGAAAAACGUUCGAAAUGAGGUGUUGCUGGAGAUAGCGUUCACAAAAAAGGAGACAGAUAUAUACAAAGUUUUCCAGUCUGGCGAUCUAGCCAAUCUAUCAGGUCUCAACUGGGACGACUUGUCGAGGUUACCAUCACUUUAUAAGCUUCGAGCCGCCAUAUAUUCCGAAGAAUUUCGAGACAUGAUUUCUGGAGUCACCAAGUGUGGCAAAUUGAGUGGCUUGAAGACAGAUAUGUCUAUUAACACCUACAAUAAAGGGUGCCAUUUAUUGACCCACGACGACGUAAUUGGGUCCCGUCGCUUGAGUUUCAUAUUAUAUCUUCCCGAACCUGGAAAAAAAUGGAAACCAUCCUAUGGCGGUGCCCUUCGUUUGUUUCCUGCUGUGGUCCCAAACGUACCCCAUACCGAUUAUCUGGCUAAACUUGUGCCUCAGUUCAACCAAAUUGCAUUUUUCACAGUCCAACCAGGUCUUUCUUUUCAUGAUGUUGAAGAAGUGAGGGAAGAUAGACAGCGACUCUCCAUUCAAGGCUGGUUCCAUAUCCCCCAACCAGGCGAGCCAGGGUACGUUAAGGGUGAGCAGGAGGCCACUGAAGCACGCAGUACUCUUCAGCAAUUGCAAAGCAAAGAACUUCAAGAGUACGAUUUUCCCAAACCUGUCAGAAACGAUUUUUCACCAUUGGAAGUUGAAACCUUGCUAGAGAAGAAGACGCUAUCUGCUGAUGAGACGGAGUACUUAUCGAAGUUUUUGAAUGUUGAGUACUUGAAACCUGGAAACUUGGAAAGAUUGCAAACCACAUUUCUCGACGAAUCCAUUGUGGAAUUGACCAAUAUUUUCAACGCAGAAUAUGCAAAAGUUCUCCAUAGGUCUCUAAGACAUACCGAGCUCGAGACUGAUACUCCCCAAACUUCCAAGGACAUUCAAUUUCCAUGGAAAUGUGCGGUUCCCCCACACAAGCAGCGUUACAUGUACAUAGACGGAACAUCCACAUUGGACAUGUCAGAAAAAGGUGUCAAAUUUGCGAAUGCCAUUGGCCCCAGCGAGGCUCCAAACUUCUCAGUGACCAGCCAAGCACAUCAAUUGAGCGACACAGACCGAAAGUUAUGCGAAAUUUCAUCAUUUAUCAAAUCUAGAGCUUUUCGCAAAUGGCUCGUGCAAGUCACCGGUCUCGUUCCUACUAGUGAUCAAGUUUUAGCCCGAAGAUUCAGACCAGGCCACGAUUUCAUACUUGCUACAACCACAGAAAAGGACCUAGCGCGAGAAAAUGAGCUCAAUCUUCUUCUAGAAGCGACUUUCAACCUCACACCAACGGCUGCAAAUUCCAAAACCUGGGCUCUGGGAGAAUUUGGAGGCUACGAGUUGUGCAUGCACAACGACGACGAACAAGACGAAGACGAUCCUGCCAUAUAUAGAGGCGGAAACGAUGACAGCAGCGUUCUCUAUACAGGCCAAUGUCAAUGGAACACCUUGUGUCUCAUGUUGCGAGACCCUACAGUGUUGAAGUUUGUAAAAUAUGUGAGCGUCAAUGCCAAAGGGUCAAGGUGGGACAUUUCGUGUCAAUGGAACGUCCAAGGAGAGGAGGAGGCAGAGGAAGAGAACUGA